AUGCGGUCCUUCAUCGUCACAUUUUUGUUUACGGUGCUGCUGUGCACCGUUACCUCGGCUUGGCCAUGGGGGUCCCAUGGAGAAGUCUACGCCCGUGAUGCAAUCUUGGACAGGCGCGCAGAAUCGACCUCGACUGAUGGGACGACCACUGCCACUGCCGAGUCGACUUCAAAUACCCCGACCACCUCUACGGGCACGUCCGCCUCAGACACCACCGACACAGCUACUACAGGCCAGACCACGAGCGGCACGAAGACAGACACCAAGACAAAGUCGAAGACCACCACCUCCACCUCCAUCUCAAUCAACCCUGCGGCCGGUGCGGGAGGUAUCUCGAUGAUCACCCCAGCCGCGACAUCGACCACCUACUACAUGAUCGGGCAGGAUAUUACAUUUGUGUGGAACUACACUUCCCUCUCCGUGACCCCGACGGCUGUCGAUGUCGUUGCAUCGUGCAGUAUCAACUCCCAAAUCUACACCCUCACUCAAAACAUGAGUGCCGAGGCUACCGGAACGUACAUAUGGGAUACCGGGAAAUACCAGUCCUCCGCCACUAUCCCAUUGUUGACGGCAACCUACACGCUUUUCGUUUACGACGCGAGCAAAUCCCUGUCUGAUACCCCCGUUGCCGGCUACCUGGGCAGUAAUAUUGGAUACAGCUUCGGCAUGUACACCCCGCAGCCCUACACCCCUCUAGGUGAAUUCCGUUGCGCCACCUGCAGCGGCUCCAUCUCCGACAUCCAACGGCAAGGCAUCAAAUUCGCCCUCGGCAUGGCCUUGAUCACGAUCGCGUCCUUCAGCUGGUUCGUCGGCGGCCUCGGCAUCUUUUCUUCCUGA